CGGAAACCUGUGGCGCCUGGCCGCCGGAAGUGAGCAAGAGAGUCAGAAAAGUUGUUUGUUGUCGCCGGAAGUGUGGAGGAUAAGGCGCUGUCGGGUGAUGGCUGCGGAGGCUGAGGAUAAGGUGCCGGUGGACUGCGCGGAAGAAGGGGAGCUGCCCCCAGCUGCGGCCACGGAGCUGGCCGCCCAGAAGCGCGAACAGAGGCUGCGCAAAUUCCGGGAGCUGCACCUGAAGCGGAAUGAAGCUCGAAAGUUAAACCACCAAGAAGUUGUGGAGGAAGACAAAAGACUUAAAUUGCCUGCAAACUGGGAAGCUAAAAAAGCUCGUCUCGAAUGGGAGUUACAGGAAGAAGAAAAGAAAAAAGAAUGUGCCGCAAGAGGGGAAGACUAUGAGAAAGUGAAGCUGCUGGAGAUCAGUGCGGAAGACGCGGAAAGAUGGGAGAGGAAAAAGAAGAGGAAAAACCCUGACCUGGGAUUCUCAGAUUAUGCUGCUGCCCAGUUACGCCAGUAUCAUCGGCUGACCAAGCAGAUCAAACCUGACAUGGAGACAUAUGAAAGACUGAGAGAAAAACAUGGAGAGGAGUUCUACCCAACAUCCAACAGUCUUCUUCACGGAACACACGUGCCUUCCACAGAAGAAAUUGAUAGGAUGGUCAUAGACUUGGAAAAGCAAAUUGAAAAACGAGACAAAUAUAGCCGGAGACGUCCUUAUAAUGAUGAUGCAGAUAUCGACUACAUUAAUGAAAGGAAUGCUAAAUUCAACAAGAAAGCAGAAAGAUUCUAUGGGAAAUAUACAGCUGAAAUUAAACAGAAUUUGGAAAGAGGAACAGCAGUCUAAUCUCCUUCAGGAACUGUUUUAACUGUCAAAUUAUAACAGUAAAUCAGGGCUCUAUUAGCUCUCUUUUUAUAAUUUGUGAAGAUGUGUGCUAUGACUAUUCAUUUUCACUCUUAUAUAUAUAUUUAUUAUUAUUCACUUGUUUCAGAAAAAAAGAUGUCUUGUGUUUUCUGUA